AGGGAGAGGGAGAGGGAAGGGAGUGCGUGAGGAGAAGGGGGAAAGUGUGUGUGCGUGCGCGCGCGCGAGAGCGAGAGAGAGCGAGGAGGAGGGAGAGAGGGAGAGCGAGUGCGUGAGAAGGGGAAAGCGUGUGUGCAUACGUGCGCGCGCGAGAGCGAGAGAGAGAGGAGGAGGGAAAGCGAGAGAGUGUGAGCGAGUGCGUGAGGAGAAGGGGGGAAAGUGUGUGUGCGAGUACGUGCGCGCGAGAGAGAGAGAGGAGGAGGGAAGCGAGGGAGAGGGAGAGCGAGUGCGUGAGAAGAAGGGGGGAAAGUGUGUGUGCCUACGUGCGCGCGCGCGAGAGCGAGAGAGAGAGCUUGAGAGCGAGGAGGAGGGAAGCGAGAGAGGGAGAGGGAGAGCGAGUGCGUGAGGAGAAGGCGAAGGAGCCGGAGCGGGCGGACGGAAGGCAGGCAGGAAGGAAGGAAGGAAAGAAGGGAGGAAGGCAGGGCCGGGGCCUGACAACGGCUGCCGAAGGAGGAGGAGGAGGAGGAGAAGGAAGCGAGGGGCGAAGGAGGACGAGAAGAUGGCGGACGGGGACAGCGGGAGCGAGCGAGGGGGCAGCGGGAGCGGCAGCGGAGGAGGCGGCGGAGGCGGUGGCGGCGGCGGCGGCAGUGCUGGCUUCCAGGGACACCGCGGUGGAGGAGGAGGAGGCGGCGGUGGAGGAGGAGGAGGCGGCGGUCCGGAGCAGGAGACGCAGGAGCUGGCCUCGAAGCGGCUGGACAUCCAGAACAAGCGCUUCUACCUGGACGUGAAGCAGAACGCGAAGGGGCGCUUCCUGAAGAUCGCGGAGGUGGGCGCGGGGGGCUCCAAGAGCCGCCUCACGCUCUCCAUGGCCGUGGCCGCCGAGUUCCGCGACUACCUGGGCGACUUCAUCGAGCACUACGCCCAGCUGGGGCCCAGCUCCCCGGAGCAGCUGGCCCAGAGCUCCCCGGGAGGCGGAGGCGGCGAGGAAGGCGGCGGGGGCGGCGGAGGGCCGCGCCGGGCGCUGAAGAGCGAGUUCCUGGUGCGGGAGAACCGCAAGUACUACCUGGACCUGAAGGAGAACCAGCGCGGGCGCUUCCUCCGCAUCCGGCAGACCAUCAACCGCGGGCCCGGCGGGGGAGGCGGCGGCGGCGGCGGGCCGGGCUUCCCGGGCGGGCCGGCGGGCUUGCAGAGCGGGCAGACCAUCGCCCUCCCGGCCCAGGGCCUCAUCGAGUUCCGCGACGCCUUGGCCAAGCUCAUCGACGACUACGGCGCCGACGAGGACGAGCUGGGCGGCGGCGGCGGGGCCGGGCCGGGCGCGGGGGGCCUCUACGGCGAGCUCCCCGAAGGCACCUCCAUCACCGUGGACUCCAAGCGCUUCUUCUUCGACGUGGGCUGCAACAAGUACGGCGUCUUCCUCCGCGUCAGCGAGGUCAAGCCCUCGUACCGCAACGCCAUCACCGUGCCCUACAAGGCCUGGGCCAAGUUCGGCGGCGCCUUCUGCCGCUACGCCGACGAGAUGCGAGACAUCCAGGAGCGGCAGCGGGACAAGCUCUACGACCGGCGGGCCGGACCGGCGGGGCCCGGGAGCGGGAGCGGCGCCGGGGACGACUCCGACGCCGACGACGUGGACGACGACUGAGCCCCGGCCUGGCCCUGCUUCCCCAGAGAGAGAGAGAGAACGAGAGAGAGGGAGCCUGGAGAGCUGUCUCCUGCA